GCGUGCGAGUUGCUAUAAAGGGCGGGGAGAGUCGUUUUGAGGCCGGAAGUGCGAGUGCGGAGGGGGAGAGGAACUUUUCAGUCCGCCGGGCACGAAAUCGCUCUGCGGAGGAGGGACUUCGGUCCGUCGCCGGAGCCCGCGGUCUUUGCGGGGAAGGGUUGCGGAGCACAGGAUGGAGUUCAGCGAGAUCCUGAUGAUGGCGUCGGAGCAGCAGGGAGGCGGCGCAGUGCCGAAAAGAUACAGUUUGGCAGUAGGCCCUCCCAAAAAGGAUCCAAAAGUGAAAGGUGUCCAGUCGGCAGCAGUGCAAGCAUUCCUCAAACGACAAGAGACACAACGUAGGAAAAAAGAUCUAGAGGAAAAGAAAAGAAAAGAACAACUUUUAGCUAAGCGUGUGGAACUGAAACAUGACCGGAAAGCAAGAGCUAUGGCUUCACGAACAAAAGACAAUUUCUACGGCUAUAAUGGCAUUCCUAUUGAAGAGAAACCCAAGAAAAAGCAGGCUUGUGAAAGUAGAUCUGAUAUAAAUACAGAAGCAGUGGAGUGUACGACAGGUGAUGAAAUGGAACAAUAUGAAUAUAGUCUGAUGGACUCCGAGCAUGAAUCUGAAGAUUAUGAUGAAAAACCAUCCAAAACAUCAGUGAAACCAAAGGCAACUCCCAAGAGAGCACCCCCACAACUGAAUUUUACAGAUCUUCUGAAGCUGGCUGAAAAAAAGCAGUAUGAACCAGUGGAAAUCAAAGUAGUAAAAAAGACAGAGGAAAGACCUCUGACAGCAGAAGAACUUAGGGAACGAGAAUACUUGGAGCGGAAAAAUCAAAAAGGGGUUGUACUAAAGGAAAAGAAAGGAGAAAAAGAAGUGAAACAUGUAAUGGCAUCUAGUUUUUCCAAAAAAGACCUUUCACAGAAGGAGUUCUUAAAUGCUAAACAGAGUAAGCAUUCCACAGAUAAACAUUCAUUCUCAAAAGGAAGCCUUUCCUCCCAAAGUGGUAGUUACAAGAAAUCCAAAGGACCAGCGUUGUCCUCCAAACCUAAACAUGCUGAGAAAACAAAAUCUUCAAUCAAGGGACCUUUAAAAAGUUCACCUAGCACUAGUCAUAGCAAAGCGCCAGUCAGUGAAGGGGGGAAACCCAGACUGAAUUCUCAUACCCCAGUCUUGAAAACUGCUGCUAAUGGGGCUCAGAAACAGUCAUCUGUUAAGGAACCCAGUCUUAAGAAAACAGUUAGCCAUGUAAAACCAACUAAUGUGACUGCUGCCCAACAUGAAAGUAUUAAACAUUCCAACUCUAAGCAGGCAAUCAGCAGUUCAAGCACAGGAGGAUCUCUUCCACGGACAAAGAGUAGCUUGAGUACAGGACCAGGGAGGCCAGCCAGUAGUUUGAAUACUGGACAUGGGUUGCAGAGUACUAGUUCAAGAAUGGGUCCUGGACGAUCAGGAAUUAGCUCAGGAGUUGGGCAACGAACUAGUAGCUCAACCAUGGCACCUGGGCGGUCAGGCAGCAGCUUAGGUAUGGUACCCAGCAGACCAGGAAGCAGUUCAGGACCAGGGCGUCCUAAUUGUGGCCAAAGCACAGGACCUGGACGGCCAAAUAGCAUGCCAAACAAUGGACUGGGAAGAGGAAGCAGCUCAGGGCCUGGACCAGGCCGGCCAAGCAGCACUCCAGUUGGAAAUGUAAAACCAAAGUGCACUGUCACAUCAGAAACCAUCUCAUCGAAAAACCUGGUCCCCAGACUAUCUAGCGGUCAAAUGAAUGGAAUGAGACCACAGCAAAGGCCUGGGAUUCCCCCACAAGGUUUUUCAAGGCCUUUUCUGCCUAUUACUUCUAAAAGACCAUAUGAGGAUGAAGAUGAUUCUGAAAUGGAGGACUUUAUUGAUGAUGAAGGGGAGCCCCAAGAAGAAAUCUCUAAACAUAUUAGAGAAAUAUUUGGCUAUGAUCGUUCUAGGUAUAAAGAUGAAAGUGACUAUGCCUUACGUUACAUGGAAAGCAGCUGGAAAGAGCAGCAGAAGGAGGAAGCCAAGAGCCUGAGACUUGGAAUGUUAGAAGAUCUAGAAGAACAGAGACGUGAAGAGGAGGAAUUAAAACGCAAGAAACAGGCCAAAAAGCUUAGAACACGCUAACCAGUUUGCCAUCACUUGGGUUUUCUUUGCUCUUCCAUUUCUUUUCCUCUGUUGUUCUGGUUGACCCAGAUUUCAGCUUUAGUUUUACAUUUGAUACAAAAGGGUAAUAAACUAUGGAGGAAAAACAGAAAUAUGAUUUUAUUGGUUGACCCUCAGAUGAUUAUUUUUAAUACUUGCCAAGGCUUCUUUUUACAAAUAAAUAAUGCACUAAUGGAGAAUAUUAGAUGGAAUAGAUUAAUGUUACUACUGCCUAAAGUAGUUCAAGGAUGCCAGCAGAGUGCUGACUGACUAUGCACUGGCUUGCAGCAAGUGAGCCCCACACACCACUAUGACAGUCUGCAUUCUUCAUUUAAUAUAGAAGAAGAUUAUUGUUCCUGCUCUUUUUAAAAAGACACAGUAUGUCAGGAGUUACACAUCUUAAAAUGUCAUUCUUUUUUGCUCAGAUAAAGCACAGACUUAAAAUUUAGCUUCUGUUAUUGAUGUUGAAAGCAAUAGUAAUUUGUUAGAAUUGGCUUUUCUAGAAAAGUAACAGCUGAUGAAAGAUCAAGAGUUUUGUUUCAUUAACAUGUAGCCCAGUUAUUUCCACUGUGGAUGCUCUGUUAGAAUAAACAGAGCCAGCAGCAACCAGUGUGAGGCAAAGUAGCAAUCCUGAUGAGCAAUACCUUAAUUUUUGAUGUAAACCUCUUCCGAGCCCACUCAGCUGCUGGUGGUGGUAGUAUGUUUUUUUUUCCCUUUGGCCUUGUAAAUAUAAUGCGUGAAUUAAAGCCCUGCCUCCUCAUUUAGCAGACUACACAUAAAGCCUCUUGGAGGCUGGCACCAAGUACUGUGUCUGAUGCUAUCCUGUUCUGCCAUUCAGAAAGCAGAACUAGGCAACAAGUGUCAGAAAUUCUUUCAAUAAGAAACAGGACCAAAAGUUUAGUUUGCCUCUUCAAGCUGAAAUUUUAUGCCAAAAAUAAGAUGAACAUCAAAAAAGGAACAUGUAUCUUAGAAAACAUGGAUGUGCAAUGUUCUUAUAAAUAAUUUCUGCAAUUAGGAAUUUGUUACAUUUUAUGAACAUUUUAGACAUUUUAACCCAGUUUUUUGCAGUCUACAGUCUUGGAUUUGGUAUAUUAUGUUAAUGACUUGCCAAGAUGUAGUACCUCUAACACUGGAUUUUUCCAGUAAACAUUCUGAUUCUGUUCUGAUUAGACUGCUGGAUAAUUACUAUAAUUUUCAUUGGUUAAUAAAGGUAUUGAUUGUCUUAUUUGUUGGAAAUCUUAUAUUUUCAGUUUGUCAAGAAGUUACAUGUGUCUCUUUUGAAACUUUGCACAGUGGUUCAAGCAAGAGUAAAACCCAUACUGGGUUGGAUCCAGGCGAACAUUCCCAUAAGCAGAAUGUAACUUCCUGCAUCCCUGUUACUACUGAUUUUUGAAAUAUUUCUCCUAGGGUUUAGGGGACCUUUGGAACAACACAAGGGGGGUGUUAGUCUGCAGCAUGAAGGGACAAAUCAGUAGAAAUUGACUAUUUAGUCUUGAUCCAACCCCCAUGUGAACCUGUUAAAAGAGGCUUCAUGUUCAUUCUGUUCUACAGAAUUUUGCUUCCAUGUACCCAGAAUCCUAAUUACAAUCCUGCAUUUCAUGUCUUAUUCCCCAAGUAUUGAUUCCAUGCUGUCACAGCAGAAAUCACUGAUCGAUGAAGAAUUAAAUAUCUGAAAAGAAGGAACCCAACCUCCUCCUAAUUCAAGUGUCAAAAUAGGAGGAAAUGUAGUUUAAAGUUUUUUAAAACAUGGAGAAAUAACUUCUGCUUAUAAAACCAGCUUUUUUAGCUGUCUGAAGAUAUGUUUGCCUUUGCAGAACAUUCUUGAAAUAGAAAUUCUGGGCAAUUGGUGUAAUUGGUUCGUUACAAUUAACUUAUUUAACAAGGACACUUUGUUUAAAAUUGUACUAUAACCGCUAGCAUUUUUAACAGAAUUCUAUACACUUUAGCUAUUACACAAAGCUGCUUUGUUUUGGAACUCUCACUGUGUGUGAGUCUAACAGAUGCACAUGUUUCUGUGUUUGUUCAGCCAAGACAAUGACUGUUGGAAACAUGACCAAGUUACUGUUCAUGUUACCUUAUGAGACUGUCUAAACUAUCAGUUCAUAUAUACUCCUCAGCAAGCCUUGGAUCUGGUAAAUAAUUUUGAAUUACAGAAUUCUGUACUGCCUCUAUUUUUCAUGAGUCUUUAUGCCCAGCAUGCAUAUUUGACUGCUUCUUGCAAGAUUUAUUAAGGCUCUACUUUGAAAUACUUCAGUGUUAUUUGUCUUGUAAAAGAUAACUGGAAAUAUUGCUCAUUCAUCACUUCACUUAAUCCAUUAAAUUUUACAUUUUGUAUAAUUUUUCUGAGCGCUAGCCUAAAUAUGUACUCCAAAGUAGUCUCUCAUAAUUGUAUUCUCUUUUCAGAUGAUGUGCUGUUCACCCUUCAGCAAUGUAUCACUUUACAUUCUUUGUGCCUUUUCCCCUGCUUCAUAUUUUUUAUUUCUUCACUUUUAUAUAAAAAUAUUUGACAGCCAGAUGAAUUGGAAUUCUCAAAGUUUUUCCUAAGGACACAAAACAUUUACGCAGAAGACAGAAUAUAUUAUUUCUUUUUUCCUGUUGGUCGUUUCAUUGAUGAUUUCACAGACUGUAGUAGCAAAUCUCCAGUUUGGAUUUCAGAUUCUGUUCAGUAGUUGGAAGAUGUGCCUUGUUUUAAAAAUCAUAUUUAAUUUUUCCUUGAAUGUAGGAAUGAAAUAAAGGGUUAAUUCUGCUAUCGAAGAUGCAAAUGUUUAAGCUUGAUGAUUCGACAUAAUAUACUUUUCAUGAAGCCUUUCCAUGCCUUGCUUUGCACAGCUAUAAUAGUUAAUAUUUAUUAAUACUACUAAAUAAAACUUAAGGGCACUUUGUAUUUGAUUCAGGGGCUUGCAUUUGAAAGUGCUUUUACAUAUGUUUUGUUACAUUUGUACUUGAGAAACCCAGGGCGGUGCCAUUGUGGAAAGGCUUCAGUGAACAAACAUCUGUACAUACUUCAAAAAUUCUUUAAAAUAUAUAUUUAAAACCUUAUUUUUAUACAAACCAGCAUAACUGGUUUUGAUUUGGCUUUUACUGUCUGUAACAUUAAUUAGCUAAAGUUUAUCUCUAUACGUCUAGCGACAGACCAAAACACACUGGAAAGAAAAUACAUUUUUGAAGAGACUAAUGAAUAAAUUGUGAUGACUAUGUUGGAUUUGUUUAUUUUGUUGAGUAAGAGUGAUACAAUCAAGUGUUAGCAUAUUACUGAGGAUGCUUCUAGAGACCAUGUUUUUGUAUUUGUGAAACUCAUUGUGUUUAGCACAAUGUGACAAAUCAGGUAAAAACUGUUCAGCAUAACUGUUUUCUGGUGCUGUUGAAGUAUAUACUUUUGCACAUGCAAAGUGCAGUCUGAAGCAAGUCAUGUAUAUAAUAAAUUACAGACAUUUCAUCAGA